AUGUUCAUGCCGUUGCCCAUUGAGUUUGACCUGGACGUUCUUCUCGUCCAGGGACAGCAUUGCCUCAAUGUGGGCCUUCGCGAUAUGAAGGUCACGUUGCAUGACGUGUGUGGUGGAGUGGAAGCUGAAGUUGAAGGUCGACUGCCAGAGGGCCUUUCUGACGGAAGCCAUGUCCAGCUGCUGGUUGCUGCGCGACAGAAAGUGGCCUUCCGCAGCCCCAAGCGGCGCCGGAAGGAUCUGACCGAGGUCUCAGAGCACCUGGCUGCUGUGGAAACCUUGGGCGACCCUGACCUCUUUCUGUGCAGAGGUUGCCUCUGCUGUUUGUCCAUGCCGUUGGAUGCACCAGCCCAGGAAAGCGAACACAGUUUCCGGUGCUUCGACCUUGGGGGCCAAGUGUUGCAGAUCCGCGAGGAAAUCUCCAGCUCAGAGAUGCCAACGGGUGGACGCUUGUGGGAUGCCGGCAUUGUCUUGGCUCAUUGGUUGGCUUCCAAGAACAAUCCACAUCGAUCUGCCAUCUUUGGAGCUUCCACAAUCCUAGAGCUGGGAAGCGGUUGUGGUCUGGUUGGGAUCGUGGCUGCCCUGGUCGCAGCUGAAGCCCCAGAAGGGAAAGCGUGUCACACCUAUUUCAGCGACAAGAAGGCAGUACUGCCACUGAUCUCGUUGAAUGUCAAGGCCAACUGUCCAGACUUGCAGACUUCUAUCAUUGAACUUGACUGGGGGUUGGAGGAGGAUCGCCUUCGUACCCGGCAGCAACUGGGAAGCACCUUUGAUGUGCUGCUGAUGUCGGACCUGUGCUACAACAUGAAUGCACUUCCAAAGCUCAAAGACACCGUGCUGCAACUCACCGGGCUGAAUGCCACCUUGCUACUGGCUCACAAAGUGCGAAGUGACACGGGAAGCUGUGCGGAGAAUCCCAUGAAGGCUUUAGAGCCCUGGUUUGAUGUGUGCCUCCAGCAAAGCUAUGGGCCACCAGAUGCCCAAGUGCUGCUCUUUAUCAUGCAGCGAAAAAGAUUGCAUCCAAAGAUGGCAGCCCAGGCUGCACAGGUUGACACAGCGAGGCAAAAAAUGGUGGAGCCGGAGCUUGAUGACUGGAGGCUACGAUACUCCGUAGGAAGCGCUAUAAACAUUCGCCAAGCAUGGCUUUCGGAGGAACACUUCCUUGCAGUGCGCCAAGCAUACAUGAUCAUAAUUGAUCAUAUAUAUUAUAUAUUCAUAUAUGAUAUUGCAACAUAA